AGGUACCAAGCGCGAGACUUUAGUGAAGCGUCGCCAGUCUCACAGAUGGCUCAGCGACUUUCCCUUGAGUGGCUAUAUGCCAGCGAAGCAGCCACAAUCUAGAGUAAUCUAGAGGAUUGCGACACCAUCGCGAAACUUGCUCAUUCCCACUGCCGCUUCCGUGCUUUGUGACCGACCGCUUCUAGCGACCAUAGCAAGGCAUAAAAGCCCGCCAACGCCCGUCACAUUCGACCCUGUCUCCAUCACUCUCAUCAAACCCAAAGUACCCCGCAGCCCCUCCAAGCACCCUACCCCCCUCCCAAAACAACGAGCAGUUGCCCUCAGCUCUACAUAACCUAGUCUGAUUCCUAUCCACACAUAUCCACAGCAAUGGCGGAACACACCUACAAAUUCAAUGUCGCCAUGAGCUGUGGAGGCUGCUCCGGUGCUGUCGAGCGUGUGCUCAAGAAGCUGGAUGGCGUCAAAUCAUACAACGUGUCUCUAGAUACCCAGACUGCCGAAAUUGUCGCUGAAGACUCCCUCGACUACUCCACCGUCCUCGAAAAGAUCAAGAAGACUGGCAAAACCGUGAAGUCCGGAGAGGCCGAUGGUAAUCCGAUGGAUGUAUAAAACGCUGGUCAAUUUCUGUCUUUGGAGUUCUGGGUAUCAUUUGUAUCACGAGGAACAAUGGGUCUUUUGGCUGGCAUUAUGUUGUGACAGGCUUGCUCCCCGAUGCCUUGACCAUGUACUGGGUCUUUUCUGGGUGGGAUAUGGGAUAUAGAAGAAAGGGGUGGUUCGGGCCCUGAAUAAACUCCAUGAACCCAA